AUUUGUUUAAAAGGAGGAGCAACCAAAAAAGAGCUUAAGGAAUAUUAUGUUAGGGCUUAUACCAGCCAUUAGUUCUGAUUACUGGGGAGCUUUUGAGGAGCAAAAUGGCCGUGAUGAUUGGAAUCGCUUUCAGAGUUUCUUGGCUUUGUUGCCUGCUAAUUGGCGGGAUAACCUGUUCUACAUCAAGUGAUGGGUAUCCUGCACCAGGUUCUGAUGCAGCAAGGCUCUAUACAGGCUCACUUAGGUCAAAAGGAUAUGUUAAUUACAACUCUCCAACAGCUCAAUUGCAAGCGCAGCUGACCGAAGAGCAACAUAAACAUCUGGAAGCCAUCCUCCAAAAUCAACUGGCCCCCAUGCCCAAGGCACCUCAGAAAAUGUGGUAUUCAACUCAAAUGCCCCAGCAGGAAAAGCAACCGGCCGCCAUGAGCCAACAGCAGACGCUACCGGCCAGUUAUCCUAAGCAGCCUCAAGCAGUGUUGUAUCCAGCUCAAAUGCCCCAGAAGCAACCAGUUACUGAACUUCCGCAUCAGAAGGAACUGGCCUCCAUACCCCAGCUACCUCAGCAAGUGUGGCAUCAAGUUAAAAUUCCUCAGCAGCAAAAGCAACCAGCUACUGGUCCUCAGCAGCAGACGGAACUGACCACCAUGCCCCAGAAGCAACCGGCUCCAAUGCCUCUACUGCAUAAACAACCAACAGCUAUGCCCCAGAAAGCAUGGUAUCCAGCUCAAAUGCAGCAGAAGCAACCGGCCACCAUGCACCAGCAAGUGUGGCAUCCAGCUCAAUUGCCCCAGCAGCAAAAGCAACUGGCUACUGAACCUCAGCAGCAGAAGGAACCGGCCUCCAUAACCCAGCAACCUCAGCAAGUGUUGCAUCCAACUCAAAUGCUGCUGAAGCAACUGACUGCCAUGCCCCAGCAAGUGUGGUAUCCAGCUAAGCCCCAGAAGCAACUGGCCGCUGAUCCUCAGGAGCAGAUUGAACUGACCGCCAUGCCCCAGCAACCUCAGCAAGUGUGGUAUCAAGCUCAAAUGCAGCAAAAGCAACCGGCCACCAUGCACCAGCAGGUGUGGCAUCCAGCUCAAUUGCCCCAGCAGCAAAAGCAACUGGCUACUGAACCUCAGCAGCAGAAGGAACCUGCCUCCAUAACCCAGCAACCUCAGCAAGUGUUGCAUCCAACUCAAAUGCUGCUGAAGCAACUGACUGCCAUGCCCCAGCAAGUGUGGUAUCCAGCUAAGCCCCAGAAGCAACUGGCCGCUGAUCCUCAGGAGCAGAUUGAACUGAACGCCAUGCCCCAGCAACCUCAGCAAGUGUGGUAUCCAGCUCAAAUGCCCCAGAAGCAACCAACCGCUGAACCUCAGUGGCAUCCAGCCAAAUUUCCCCAGGAGCAACCCGUCCAAAUGCGUCAACUGCAGAAGGAACUGACCGCCAUUACACCACAACUGUGGCAAUCCGCUCAAAUUCCCCAGCAGCAUAAGCAACCGGCUGCCAAGCUUCAGCAAGAGUGGCAACUGGCCCCCAUUCCCCAGCAGCCUCAUGACGUGUGGUAUCCAGCUAAAAUGGUCCAGAAGCAACAAGCAGCUGCAACUCGGCAGCAGAAGGAACUGACCACGAUGCCUCAAGACUGGCAUCCAGCUCAAAUGCCCCAGCAGCAGAAGCAACAGGCCACCAUGCCCCCGCAAGUAUGGCAUCCAGCUCAAAUGCCUCAGGAGCAAAAGCAACCAGCUACUGAACCUCAGCAGGAAAUUGAACUGACGGCCAUGCCCCAGCCACCUCAGCAAUUGUGGCAUCCAGAUCAAUUUCUCCAGCAGCAGAAGAAACCAGCCCCUAUGCAUCUACCGCAGAAGGAACUGACCGCCAUUCCACCACAACUGUGGCAAUCCGCUCAAAUUCCCCAGCAACAUAAGCAACCGGCUGCCAUGCUUCAGCAAGUGUGGCAUCGGGCACAGAAGCAACCGGCCCCUAUGCCCCAGCAGCCUCACGACGUGUGGUAUCCAGGUAAAAUGGUCCAGAAGCAACAAGUCGCUGCACUGACCGCCAUGCCGCAGACGCAUCAGCAAGUGUGGCAUCCAGCUGAAUUUCCCCAGCAGCAGAAGCAACCGGCCUCCACGCCUCUACCGCAGGAGCAACCGACCGCCGUACCCCAGCAAGUGUGGUAUCCAGCUCAAAUGUCCCAGCAGCAAUUGGCCUCCAUGCCUCUACAGCAGAAGCAACUGACCGACGUGCCUCAGAAAGAGUGGCAACCAGCUCAAAUACCGCAGAAGCAACCGGCUGCUGAACCACAGCAGAAUGAACCGGCCACCAUACCCCAGCAAGUGAGGAAUCCAGCUCAAAUGUCCCAGCAGCGGAAGCAACACACUACCAUGCCACAGCACCAACUGACCCCCAUGCCUCAGCAAUUAUGGCAUGUAGCUCAAAUGCCCCAGAAGCAACUGGCCCCAAUGUCUCAGCAGAAUCACUACGAAAGCACUGAUGAUGGUGCCUCUAGUAGCACUCAGGCCAGCAUCGUUGAACAGUCGGGUGUCAUCCCAAUCUAUUCCUACAGUUCCAAAUCGCACUACGAGAAUGGCAGAACUGUUUUCUCCCAAACCCGCUACACUCCUAGGGAGGCUAUGCCUGUUGACAGUGGAAGUACUCCCAAGGACAGUUUUGUUGGUACUGGUGCACCUAGUAUAUAUCCAUCACUAGUGAAGGAUUCUGCAAGGAAAAUGUAAUGGAUUCAUCCUCUAGAAGCUAAUGGAAGUGUCUGGUGCUCUUGCUACUCUAGCGUGAGGGAGUACCUGACCAAUUCUACUUUGUAAUAUGCCUUGUCUCUGUGAAAUAAUGGUUCUCAUGUCCAUUGCUUGCUAAUUGAGAACAGGUGGUGUGCAGUCUGUAGUAAAAAAUGACUGUUCAGUUAAUUAUUUCGUUUUCUAAUCUUUUACCUUUGCCACUGGUUGUUCAAAAUAAAAGCUUGGGGCUACAUAAGAGCAUUUGUCAA